CGGUUCCUGCCGAGGAGCAAGGGGGAAGAAAGAAGGGGGGAGGGAGAGAGUGUGGCGGGUCUCCCCCCCCGUCUCCGCGAGGCUCCCGGGCGGUGGCCAUGGAGUUCCCUGGUGGAAAUGAGAAUUACCUGGCUAUCAGCGGGACAACCCACCCCUUCCUUUCGGGAGCCGAGACCUUCCACACGCCAAGCCUUGGGGAUGAGGAGUUCGAGAUCCCCCCCAUCGCGCUGGACGCUGACCCCUCCCUGGCCGUUUCCGACGUGGUGGGCCACUUUGAGGACCUGGGCGACCCCGUGACCGCCCAGGACACCAGCUUCUCGGCCCAGUAUGGAGUGCAGGCGCUUGACAUCCCCGUGGGCAUUGGCCAUGGCCUCAUGGAGCAAGGGGGCGGGCUCCUGAGCGGUGGGCUGGCCAUGGACUUGGAUCAUCCGAUGGGGACGCAGUACAGUGCCAACCCGCCGGUGACCAUCGACGUGCCCAUGACGGACUUAAUGGGGCACAGCCAGCUGACCACCAUUGACCAAUCAGAGCUCAGCUCUCAGCUGGGGCUCAGCCUGGGGGGCGGGGCCAUUCUGCCCCCGGCCACCCAGUCGCCCGAGGAGCGGCUCUCGCCCACCCCCUCGCCCACCAGUUCCAUGCACGAGGAAGAGCCGGAGGAGAUCAGGCGGCAAGUCUCCACCGCUAAACCCGUUCCGGUCACUUCGGCAGCGGUGACGCCCGUGGCGGCGGUGCCCACGGUGGUGCUGGACGUGGGAAAGAAGCAGAAGCCGACCAAGAAGCAGAAGAAGAAGAAAGACCCCAACGAGCCCCAGAAGCCCGUCUCGGCCUACGCCUUGUUCUUCCGGGACACGCAGGCGGCCAUCAAGGGGCAGAACCCCAGCGCGACCUUCGGCGAGGUCUCCAAGAUCGUGGCCUCCAUGUGGGACAGCUUGGGGGAGGAGCAGAAGCAAGUUUACAAGCGGAAAACAGAGGCAGCGAAAAAGGAGUAUCUACAAGCACUAGCGGCCUAUCGAGACAACCAGGAGUGUCAGACGGUCGUGGAAACUGUGGAACUGGACCCGGUCCCCUCGCUGCCCCAGCCGGCAGCUCCUGACAUCACGGCCACCCCUUCACCGGCCCCUACGCCGCCCACCCCACCGACGCUUGAGAGCCCCCCUCCAGCUGUGGUGCCAGCCCAGCCCACCGUGGUGGUGACCUCGGCGGCAGGGCCCCCGUCGGCCGGCCAGACCAGCAUCACCAAGAUCAUCAUCCCCAAGCAGAUGCUGCCCCCCUCGCUGGCAGUGACGUCCCAAGGGGGCGUGGUGACGGUCAUCCCCGCAGCCAUGAUGACCUCCCGGGGGAUCCAGCUGAGCCAGCUGCAGACCGGGACGGGGACCACCCAGAUCGUCACCCGCUCGGUCUUGGCCGCAGCGGCCGCCGCCGCCUCAUCAAUGCACCUGCCGCGGCUCCAGCCCCCUCCCCUCCAGCAGAUGCCCCAGCAGCCUCCGGCCCAGCCGGUCACGAUCCUCCAGCAGCCACCGCCCCUGCAAGCCAUGCAGCAGCCCCCCCUCCAGCAGAAGGUGCGCCUGAACCUGCAGCAGCCGCCGCCCCCCUUGCAGAUCAAGAUCCUGCCCCCGCCCGCCCUGCAGAUCCAGCCCCUGGCCCUGCGGACGGAGGAGACCAGCCCCGAGAGACCCGCCCCUGAGCUUCAGGCAUCCCCGGAACCCGUCGAGAUGAUCACUGCCGAUGUUGUGCCGGAGGUGGAGUCUCCGAUGCACGUGGAGCUGGUGUCCGAAUCCCCUGUGGUCUUGUCCCCGCGCCCUCGCUGCGUCCGUGUUGGAUGCGACAACCCGCCAGUGGCCAACAACGACUGGGACAAUGAGUACUGCAGCAGCGAGUGCGUGGUGAAGCACUGCAGGGAUGUAUUUCUAGCCUGGCUGGCCUCCCGCAAUUCAAACAACGUUGUCUUUGUCAAAUAACCCCCUUGGUCUUUCAUGGUGG